CUCUGCACACGAUCAGACCACGGUCGCCAUUUAGAUCUCCAGCAGCACAGGCCACAACACAAUGACUCCCGUUCAUUUUUUCGACAUCACCUCCAAGUUUUCAGGGUCUACCAAGUCAUGGUCUCCUAACACAUAGCCUGAAAACCAGGAUCGCCCUGAACUACCAAGGCUUCCCGUACACUCAAUCGUACCUCUCAUACCCCGACAUUCGUCCCAUCCUCGAAUCCCUCGGGCACGCCUCCCAGAAGCAGGACCACAGUGACCAGACUCUACCUGCAAUCUAUCACCCAGAGUCAUUGAAGGGCAAGGUCCCUGGCGGGCAGGUCAUGAUCGAGAGCAUGGACAUCGCUUUCCACCUAGACCAGCUCCACCCUGACCGAGCUCUGUUCCCCGUCACCUCGUCGUCGACCAAGGAUCAGACCAUCGAACUCGUACAGACCGUCUCUAAGCUGUACCAAAAGACCUUUGGCACAGGCGCGAUGAAGAUUGCACUCCCGAAAGUGCCUGGAUACCUGGACGACCGUGGCGCCGAGUACUUUAUCCGGACCCGAACCGCUGGACAUCCCAAGAAAAAGUCGCCUGUCGAUUGGCCGAGCGCCGAUCCUGAGGAGGAUUGGAAAGCCUACGAGACCUCAAUCAAACCGAUCGUGGACCUUCUCGAUCGGGAUACUUCCGGGCCAUUCUUUAUGGGGGAGACGUUCUCCUUUGCCGAUGCCAUCGCCGUCGCGCACUUGGUCUGGUUUGAACGCGGGGACGAGGCGUAUCUGAAGAGGAUCUCCGGUUUACAUGGAGGUGCUUUGGGCAGGUUGUACGAGAGGGUCAAGAAGGAAGGUUGGAUCGACGGCCAAGGCGAGGACAAGGAAUGGUCGGUUCCUCAAAAAUCCCAAUUGUAAAAGGCGCACAACGGGAGUGCCUGUGAUAAUUAAAUAUGAAAUAGCAUGAUUCAGCGUUG